AAAAUAAGAAAUAAAUUAUUUCUGUUUUUAUCAUUAUUUGAAAGGAAAUUUUACUGUAUCUUCGCUCUCGACAGAUAAAAUAUUCUCUUUAUAUUAUUAUUAAUCACUUAAAAGUCAUCGAAAUAUUUGAAAAAGUAGCUUAAUCGAAUAUUUUAAAUCCAGAAAUUUCCAAUCAAAUUUUCGUUCUUUUCUCCCGAUAAAGUUCGAAUUUAUUCAUUUCGGUCGCGACGUUAAAAAGUAUUCGAAGAAAACAAAUUCAUUUCUGUGGAAUCAUUUACCCCAGAUAGCGAAGAAGAUAACCUAAGAGUGAUAGAAGAGUUUAAUUAAAAUGGAAGACGAAAACUGGCAGAAGUUGACUGGAAAACGUAAUGCGGAAAGUAAAAAUAUUAGCUGCAAAAUGAACGAGAAAAACUCAGUUACUACCGAAAGACUGGAGACACGUGGUGCAGAUUUGAUGGCAUUUUCAGAACAAUGGAAAAGUGCCACCAGACCAUUCUGUGCUGAAUCGACUUCUAAUGCUUCUAAACGACCUGUUGCGGAUACCACAGAAGAUCGAAUUAUUUGGCCUUCCUUCUGUACUUCAUCUAACAAUGUUGAAAAUAAUGCUGGCUGUUCUUUCACAUUCAAUAAUUUCUGUGAAGUAGAAAGAAAUAGACCUGCAUAUCGUCGAAGUAGACGAUUUUAUCCUGUAAAACGUGGAUAUAAACCUUCUUCACAACGUUCUAGAAUAAGAUUUAAUAUGGAUCAAAGUGUCGAGAUACUUAGUUUAAAAUUAGGCAAUAUUUUGCGAAAGCAAGAUGAAAUAAAGUAUGCCAAUGCGCAACUCUCUCGAUGGAUGGAGCGUGUAUACGAAAAACUUAAAAAUAAUCAACAAACAGUUAAUGAACAACUAAAAUUUCUAACUCGACAGUUAUCCGAGUUACGAGAGAUGAAUAUCUUAGAAAAUGAGGAACAAUAUAUGAUCCUUCAAAGAGAAAUGGACUUUAAAAUCCGAGCCUUGCACCGACAACUAGAUAAGAAAAUUGGAGUAAUUAACGACAAAAGUGAUUUUGCAGUGAUAGAAAAUUAUAAUCUUACAAAUGAAAUUGAAACUUUGAGAGACGAAAACAGAAACUUGCAUAACGCAUUAGAUUUGGAACGUCAGAAAUUGAAAAUACUUAGACAAUUGCAAAUCCAGCAAGAUGGUCUUGAAACAUCUUUCGAAAAACCAAGCGAAAGAUGUAAAAUUAGGCAACAAAAUAAGAUCAAAAGUUUAGUGAAUUCAAAUAAAAAGGCUGAAUUUGUUAUAACUUCACGGAAUAAAAGAAACUCGUUUUUGGAAACAGAAGGUCAAGAGUCAAGCAAUUCAUCGCGAAAUAAAAAUAAAAGAAUAAUUAUUAAUGAAAAUGAGCUUCAAGAAAACUCGCCAUCUACCAGUUUUGAAGAAAAACCACAAUUAUUCGACGAAAUUGAAGAUGCGACAACCUCGGAACAAACUGAGAAAAACAGAAUGGAGAAAACAGAGAUAAAUGGAGAAAACAGAGAUAAUGGAGAAAACAGAGAUAAAAUCGCUUCAGAUUCUUUGAAUUUAGCUCUUUGGAUCCGUCGAAGAAUGGUAAUAAAUAAUAUUUCCAACGAUGUUUCUGAAGGCAAUCCUUCAAAUAAAAGUAUAGAAAAUAAUCAAGCAAAUGGUAACAGCUUAGAGCCGUUACUUAAUGAAUUAUCGUCGGAAGAAGGAAACCAUUGGAGCAGAUCAACAACGCCUUCCAUCAUAACUGAAUAGGAGAGAGCGGAUUCUACUUGUCAGCAAAGGUGCCAAAAUUUACGCAACGAUAAUGCUGAAGAAAUAAAUUCCGAAUUUCCGAUCUUUAUUCGCCAAUUUAAAAACGGAUGCGUUAAUAUCCAUAAAAGAAUAGAGAAUGUCCUACAACGUUUCAGAUGCCAGAAUCAAAAAUAUCGUUCAACUUUUUGUUUCUUCUUUUGUUUCUCUUUCGUAAUUAUUACGUGUAUAUUGCUAGGUAUAGUACUUCAAUACCUGUUCUUUGGCAUGUGCAUAAACACACGCAUUAUACUAUGAAAAAUUUAAUAAUAUGGUUUUAUUAGAAACUAAUUAAAUUAUAUGUAAAUUAUUUCUUUUUGCCAACGAUAAAAAAUAUUAACAAAAUUCAAAACUGUUCCUAUUAAAGAACGUUAAUUGUCAUU